UGGCACUCAAUGCGCACACAUGCACGCUCCUCUCCCUCCUCUCUCUUGGUGAUGCAGAGAUUCCGGCGCUGUCACCAUCAGGACUCCAAACUGAGAAGAUUGCAUGGGGGGGAAAUGCAAAAUUGCCAAUUUUAGCGACAAACCAGGACAUAUUUUGGUCUUGUCUGUGUUUGGAGGCGUUUCUUCGUUGACGCACAAGCCAGGGAGCGUUUUGAAGGACUAAUAUGGAUGAGCAAGCCCAGAAAAGCGGCUGAGGAUUUUUAACGGUUUGGGUGAAAGGGUUAUUUAGCCCUUGCUUUGCGACGACUUCGAAGAGGCAACAGGCAUGAUUUCACUGUAGCAGCUGAAACGCAAAUAAAUCACAUUUUUUUCCAGCAGGAUUUUGUCGGCAAUAUUUUAACUGAAGAACGACUUUUCCCGAAUAAAGAUGGCUCAUCUAAUCCGACACAAAAUCUCCAACAAGCUGACCAAUGCGGCCCACACGGUGUCCGACAAGUCUCAGGCCAAGGUCAGCGGGGUGUUCGCCCGGCUGGGCUUCCAGGCCGCAACGGACGAGGAGGGUUUGGGUUUCGCCGAUUGCGACGACUUGGAUUAUGACUACCGGCAAGGGAUGCAGAUGGAUGUCCUUCAAGGAGACGAGGAAGGGGGUGAAGUGGAGGGAGAAGGGGAGCUGGAGGGAGACAGCCACUACCAGAGAGACGGCACCGGCCACAGGCCUUCAACCCUGAAGACUGGAGGCUCGCUGGAUGAAGAUAAGCCCAAAAUCACAACAUGGGAAGCUGGCUGGAACGUCACCAACGCCAUUCAGGGCAUGUUCGUCCUCGGCCUGCCGUACGCCAUCCUCCACGGCGGCUACCUCGGCCUCUUCCUCAUUAUCUUCGCGGCCGUGGUGUGCUGCUACACCGGGAAAAUCCUCAUCGCGUGUCUGUACGAGGAGAACGAGGACGGCAUCAAGGUGCGAGUGAGGGAUUCCUACGUGGACAUCGCCAACGCCUGCUGCGCGCCCCGAUUCCCAGCGAUGGGCGGCCACGUCGUGAACGUGGCCCAGAUCAUCGAGCUCGUCAUGACCUGUAUUCUUUACGUGGUGGUGAGUGGCAACCUGAUGUACAACAGCUUCCCGGGGUUCCCAGUCUCCCAGAAAGCCUGGUCUGUGGUGGCCACGGCCGCGCUCCUGCCGUGCGCGUUCCUGAAAAACCUGAAGGCCGUGUCCAAGUUCAGCUUCCUGUGCACGCUGGCGCACUUCGUCAUCAACAUCCUCGUGAUCGCCUACUGCCUCUCCAGGGCGCGGGAGUGGGCGUGGGAGAAAGUGAAGUUUUACAUCGACGUGAAGAAAUUCCCCAUUUCAAUUGGCAUCAUCGUGUUCAGCUACACCUCGCAGAUCUUCCUCCCCUCCCUCGAGGGAAACAUGCAGAAGCCCAAUGAGUUCCACUGCAUGAUGGACUGGACUCACAUUGCGGCCUGCGUCCUCAAGGGUCUCUUCGCCCUGGUGGCCUACUUGACGUGGGCAGACGCGACCAAAGAGGUCAUCACAGAUAACCUGCCUUCGACCAUCCGGGCUGUGGUGAACCUCUUCCUCGUGUCCAAGGCGCUGCUGUCUUACCCGUUGCCGUUCUUUGCUGCAGUUGAAGUUCUGGAGAAAUCGUUGUUCCAGGAUGGCGGGAGAGCCAUCUUCCCUGACUGCUACGGCCCCGGCGGGCAGCUGAAAUCAUGGGGCCUGGGCCUCCGAAUAGGCUUGGUGGUGUUUACCCUGCUCAUGGCGGUGUUUGUCCCGCACUUCGCGCUCCUUAUGGGUUUAACUGGAAGCCUGACCGGCGCUGGCCUCUGCUUCCUCCUGCCAAGCCUCUUCCACCUAAAGCUCCAGUGGAGGAACCUCCUGUGGCACCACGUCUUCUUCGACGUUGCCAUUUUUGUUAUCGGGGGCAUUUGCGCCAUAUCUGGCUUCAUCCACUCGGUUGAAGGACUCAUAGAGGCGUACAGAUACAAUAUCGAAGACUGAGAGCGUCAGAGAUGACCUUUUCUGAACGGUGAUGUCCUAAAAGGCCGCAGCACGGCGGGUUGUCGUGACCUCACGAGAGCACCACACCAACCACUAAAAAAAGCUCCUGAGGAGAGGAUUAUUUGUGUGAAAUGUACAUCUUUUUAUUUUGCCUUCGUGAUAAUGUGCAAUAAUAAACUCUACAGUCAUAGUGUAAUGUAGUCUACUCAUCCCAGAACACGUGUUUUUAUCAGAUCGGACAGAGGGACACAGCCUCUGCAUGAAAAAGGAGGAGGUGGUUAAAUAUGGGGGCAUUCAAUUCUGUCCGGGUUUCAGUCUUCAUGCAAAGAUCCAGUGAAAAUGUCCUCAGUGGGUCCAACUGUGAGUGUGUACGUGUUUGUAUCUGGGGAAUGAAACAUGUGAAAUACAAUGGAGUGAAUAUGUUCUUAUUGGUUUUUGAGCUGCUAGAUAUCAUUAAUCCCACUUGAGAGAGAGAGAGAGAAAUAAAAAAAUAAAUAAGGCACCCAUCAGAUCAGAUGGUGUCCUAUAAAUCAUGAAUAACUUAUGUGUAGUGGUUUGAACAGAGUUAUUUAUUUAUUUAUUUAUUCUAUCCAAUGAUUUUUUAGUUUUUGUGUUUUGUUUUUAAAUUCUUAUAGUAGUCCUCGUUGGCUCGUUCGUUUCCUCGGUGUUUCAAGUGUCAUUCUGGAUGAAGUGAAUUCAAGUGCAAGCAAGUGGGUCCUAAUUGUGUUAUAAGAAAAAAUAAAAAUAAAACAUGUGUGUCUGAUAAUAUUCUGUUCCUAUUGAACUUGUUAAUUGUGAUUUAAUGGAACUAAUCAUGGUGUGUGAGAAAAGGAGUAUUUGUUCAAUUAAGAGAUGAAUAAAUCAAAUAUUUUAUGGCUGGUGA